CGAACCACGACAAGACAAAGUGGUCCGAAGGCAUGGUGAUUAAGCUGGUCGCACGGAACAGCUUCAAAGGUCUCACGCGGAGCCUCACCAGCAGGCUGAGGAGGAGGAGGCGGCUUACUCAAGCCUCCCUGUCACCCAUGUAAGUGACCGCGAGCCAAACAAAGCUCACAUGCGUGAGAUCAAGCAAGCACAGACCUGAUAUGUGCCAUCCAUGUACCAGGCCCUGCAUAUGUUGUCGUGAAGACUUCACGGGCGGAAGCAACAACUUGCACACACUGCCGUGCGGCCACAUGUAUUGCCGGACCUGCCUCGGCGUAAUGAUUGCCCAGUCCAUAACCGACGAAUCCAAGAUGCCGCCGCGGUGCUGCACGCAGCCAAUCCCCGGUUCAACCAUCAAGACGGUGCUUCCCCGAGACCAGCAGCAGCUGUUCCUAAAAGCCGUGGUCCAGUACAGCACCCCGUGGGAAGCUCGCAUCUUUUGCCCGAACCUCUCCUGCGGCGAGUUCAUCCCGCCGUCGGGCAAGGUCGACCCAAAGCACCCUUUUGAAGCGCUCUGCAAGAGUUGCAAGACUCGCGUCUGCGUCAUGUGCAAACGCGCCGCGCACCAGCUGGGUCACGACUGCCCCGAAGACGGGGAGCUCGACGCGGUCCUCAAGAUGGGCGAGAAUUCGGGGUGGCGGCGCUGCUACAAGUGCCGCGCCCUAGUCGAGCUUACCCAGGGCUGCACCCACAUUACGUGCCGGUGCAAAGCCCAAUUCUGCUACAUCUGCGGCGCCGUCUGGGACCCCGCCGUCGGCUGCCCCAAUUUUUGCAACGGUGAGGAAGAGCUCGAGCGGAGGAGAGCCGAAGAGGAAGCUCGUCUUGCCGAGCUAGAAGCGGAGAAACUGGCUCGGGAGAAGGCAGCCGAACUUGAGGCCGCCGAGAGGCGGGAGGCAGAGAAGAGAACCAGAGAGAGCGGGGAAUUCAGGGCGCUGCGUGAGGCACAGGAGAAGGAGCUAACGAAAUUUGCCGACUUUGAGCACAGGGCGAGAGAAGCCAUGCGCGUCCGGCACUCGGACAAGAAAGUCGCUCUUGACGAGCGCUUUUCAGAUUUAAUGGAGAAGAUGCGGGACCGGCACGCCAAGACGGAGCAGCACCUCGAAGACAGGCAGGUGCUGGCCGAAAUUGAGCUGCAGGCGGGUCAGGAGGAAAAGGAGAAGAAGGUACGGCUCAAGCUGAAGUACAUGGAAGACUACUGCCGCGGUGCGAUGGAGGGUAAGGAUCCUCCUCAUCCCAAGAAUCAUAACAACAGCAGCAACAAACCCAAGAUCAAUGCCUCCCAAAAUCAUGACAGGGAAAUGCCCCGGCGUCGAGUCACACAAAAGGAUCUUGAACAGCUCCGUCAGCAGUAUUGCGUGAGGGACUUCAUGGAAAGGAGGCACCAGUCGCAAAUCAACGGGUUGCGCGAGAAGCAAGCCAAGAGCAUGGAGGAGCUGGUGGAGCGGCAUCAGAGGGAGGUGCAGACGCUUAUGGACAGGCGCCGGGAGGAGGUCGAGGAACUUGCCGUCGAGUUCGCUAACGAAGAGGAGGCGCUGCUGCACGUGUUUGCCGAGCGGAGAGCGAGACUGGAGACGAGGUGGGCGCUGGCGAUUGAGAUCCUGAGGGUCGAGAUGGAGAACAAGUCGGGCUUGAAAUAUGCCGGCAUGCCGCUGCCCCGGUGGCCUCGCGAUCGCGGCACUGAUGACACGAAUAUGAGCGGUAUGGACGUGAAGGCGGAUAUGGAUCUGGAUAUGGAAAUGGCCGAGGCGGUGUUGGCGGUCAUGGAAGGCAUACCCUGACGCUGAGGAUCAUAUAUGGUGCUCCAAGUCUUCCUUGGCGCCGACACCACCUGCUCAGGCGCCUUGAUCUUUCCUCGUUGGUUGCUUCAAUGCUUUCUUGGGCACUGCUAUUUUGGCGUUUUCUUCGAUCUUGGAGGACAUUCAUCGCAUAGAUGCAGCAGGUUGGUUGGUCUCUUGUUUGACGGGGA